AUGACUGAGGAGACUUCUAAACUAUUACCUGUUUCUCCUAGAAAAAAGUCGAAAGAUGAAUACCUUUCAGAAUUAAAAAGACAAAGAGGUCAUUUAAAAGGACGGUUAACUCAAUUUAAAAAAUAUGUUGACUCUUUUCAAGAUGCCACUUUAUCUAAAUUACAAGUAGCUGAAAUGAAAUUGCGAUUACAAACCGCCAGCGAAUAUUUUACGAAAUUAAAUAAUAUUGCUAGUGAAAUAGAAAUAAAUUGCCCUGAAGUAGAUAUUGUUAGUCAUUUGGAAUACUUUGAAUCAAUAGAAUCACUAUAUUUUAGUACAACGGCAUCAGCUUCAUGUUUAAUCGAAAGUUUUGAGACUAGUGAUAGUUUAAACAAUGAAAAGUGUAGUCAUAUUUUAAACGAAAAUACAAAAACUUUAAAUGUUAAACUACCUGAAAUCAAGCUUCCUAUUUUCGAUGGAUCAUAUGAUCGCUGGUUGGAGUUUAAAAAUUCCUAUGAAACUAUGAUUCAUAAACGGUCUGAUCUUGACGCUAUUCAUAAGUUUCAUUAUUUGAGAUCUUCACUUAGUGGCACAGCCUUACAGGUUAUAAGUGCAUUAGAGUUCACUGCCUCUAAUUACACUCAUGCAUGGGAGCUCUUGGAGAAUAGGUUUCAUAAUCACAGAUUAUUAGUACAUAAUCAUAUUAAAUCGUUAUUCAAUAUUCCAUGUAUAAAACAAGAAUCGCCAUUACAAUUAAGAAAGUUAAUUGAUACAAUUUUGAGGAAUUUGCGUGCUCUAAAAUCAUUAGACGAACCUACCGAGUCAUGGGACACAUUAAUCAUAUAUUUAGUCGUAACGAAGUUAGAUUCUGUAACUGAUCGUGAGUGGGAGAACCACAAAGGUUCCCUUAUGUCUCAGCCAAAUAGAUUGAAGCUACAAGAUCUUCUUACCUUUCUGAGAAAUAGGGCAGAUAUGUUAGAAAUGAUUAAUGUCACUCAUUCCAAGCCACAGUUUAGGUCCAAUCAAUCGAAUAUAAACGAAACUAAACAUAACCAAGUUUAUAGCUAUGUAUCUACCUCUAACAAUACUAAAUAUUUCUCUAAUAAAAAUAAAAACCUAGAUAAAACAAAGCGCAACUGUGUUUUGUGUAACAAUAAUCAUAAGUUGUUUACAUGCAUUAAGUUUUUAAAUUUAUCAAUUACGGAUAGAAUAAAAUUAGUAAACGAUUAUAAGUUAUGUGUCAAUUGCUUGCGCCCAGGGCAUUCAAUUCAAGAUUGUAUAUUCGGCCCUUGCCAGCAGUGCAAACGAAAACAUAAUAGUUUAUUACAUUUAGACGAACAUAGCGAAAGUAGCAGCAAUACGAAUGUGUGCACUACGGCAUGCGCUCCUACAUUCUCGGCUAUGCAUUCAGCGGCUUACCGUGCCGAUGCGAUAAAUAAUAAUACGGACGGUAGGAGCUCAUAUUUUAACCAAGUGUUACUUUCAACUGCUUUGGUUGAACUAGCGGAUCAAAAUAAUCGAUAUCAUGUCGCCCGUGCUCUGUUAGACAACGGCAGCCAGCAUAGCUUAAUAUCGGAAAAAUUAGCUAAACGAUUAAAUACGAAUUUUACACAGUCCACUGUUCGAAUAGCAGGUGUGGGUCAACAUCUCACACAUACGAAUAAAUCAUGUGUUAUUUCUAUGCGUUCUAAAACAAGCAAUUUUAAUAAACGAAUAUCUUGUUUAGUUUUACCUCAAAUAACCUCAAGUUUGCCUAUGACAAACAUUUCACUCGAACAUUUAAAUAUCCCCGAUAAUAUACAACUAGCAGAUCCCACUUUCGAUGUAUCAUCAGACAUAGAUUUAUUACUCGGUGCUGAUAUAUUUUGGGAUCUUUUGGAACAGGGUAGGAUCCGUUUACCUUCAGGUCCAUUUUUAUUAAAUACGAAGUUAGGUUGGGUGGUUUCUGGUCCUAUCUGCUCUAACCAUUCGAAUAUAAACGAAGUUCAAUGUAAUUUUAGUCAUUCGUUAGAUUUACAACUUCGUAAGUUUUGGGAAAUAGAAGAUUUAUCUGUGUCAAAGAAUAUUUUGACACAAGACGAAAAUAAAUGCGAAAAAUUAUUUAUUGAUACGACAAAACGCGAAAAAGAAGGUAGAUUUUCUAGGGGACUCCUAUUCAGUAGCUAA